AUGUUGGAUUCAGCCACACAACAGGGCUCUGAGUUCCUCAGUAACGGGUUGAAGCCUAUGGCAGGUACAACAGCCACAGUUGCAAAGGUUGCUUCUUUCACAUUUGGGGAGGAGGAACAUCCAUUGGAAGAGUCAGUUAAUGCCAAUGGUAAACAGCGUUCAAGUGCACCAAAUGCGAAAGCGGGGCCUUCCAAGGUGGCUAGGACCACCGGGUUGGCCAAAGACUGA